ACAUUAGAUAGAAAAUUAUAUAUACACAAUAUAUAGCAGUGGUAUUUUAAAUCAACUGACAUAUUUUGUAGUAAAUUUAAAAAAAGUUUUAUUCUAAAAACUUGAAAAAAUUGUUAAAUUUGAUGAAUUCAUUAAUUUUUUAAUAUAUAAUAAUAAAAAGUUAAUUAAACGUAAUGGAUACAAAGCAACCAUAUUAUGGACAAAACCCACAAUAUAAUAGUGGUUACCCACCGCAACCACAGCCCUCAUACAAUCCAAACUACCCACCACAGCAUGCCCCACCACAGACUGGAUGGUUCGAGCGAAACCAAAAAAAUAAGCCACAAUCAAAUUCUGUAGGAGCAGCCGCACUUGUAUUUAUGUCAGGAGGAAUGCAGAUGGCGAAUAGUUACUACGACAGCGACGAUCACUUCCGUGUCUCAUGGUUUAUAGGUGCGAUUAUUGGAACGGUAUUUGGCGCCAUCAUCUGUAACUAUAUUAACAAGAAAAUAUUAUAUCUCUUCUCUUCGGUUCUGGUCAUAAUUGGUGGUAUACUGUUCGUAUCACUUCCACAUGAACUUAGUGGACUAAUAUCUGCACGCUAUAUUGAUGGCAUAGCAAGUGGAUUACUUUUUGCACCUUUACUGGUAUUAGCUGGAGAGGAAUCAGUAAAGAGUAUGCGUGGCAUGUUGGCUUCAUCAGUGGAAGCAAUGUCUUUCGCAUUGGGCAUUUAUUUAUACCUUAUAUUUCUUUCGUCAUGGUCAUCAUACACAAAUUCAGCAUUUAGUUUAACAGAAAUGUUAGGAGUACUGAGCAUUGUAUAUGGCCUUCUUGCAUUAACAAUAGCUUUCUUUUUAUAUGUAGAAUCACCUGUAUUUUACUUAGUUCGUAACGAAGAAAAUCAAGCAAUUGAUUCUUUACGCCGUCUCCAACGCCCGUUCGUGGUAACAUAUGAAACUUAUCAACAACUGGAAGAACAUAAAGCAUAUGUAGCACAUAACAAGGAAAUGUCACUUGGAGUUAGUAUAGUUUCUGGUUUACCAGCUCUAUUGAAGCUGUGCAUGUAUCGUGUGUUGAUUGCUUUGAGUUACUCAUAUUUGACGAAUGUUGCUUUCAGCAUUGCUUCAAUUGUAAGUUAUACCGGUGAAGUAUGGACUUAUAUAAUCAUGGGCACUCUACGUUGGAUGGGAGUAUUAGUUAGCGUAUUUAUGAUAGAUUCUGUUGGACGUAAGAAACCCAUGUUGUUCGGGGCUCUAAUAUGUGGAGGAAUGGCAAUUGGAAUAGGUGUUUUAUCAGAUGAUUACUUCAUUAAUUGGAUUAAUAAGGAUAGAAUUUUAACAAUUAUAUACUUAUUUUUCGUAUUCCAGUUCUUCGUUGGAGUCUUCAUUGGUCCUUCUUCGGCAUAUUUAAGUGAAGCAUUUCCAUUAGCUGUUAAACCGUUUUUCAUAGGUAUUGCUUUCAUUGUUGAAAUGUUGGUGCAAAUUAUUUGUGUACUUGCUUCUAAUUACUCUGAUAUUCCCGGUUUUUUCUAUGCCACUGCAUCAAUGUUCUUUGUUUUCUUUUUCGUUGGAUUGUUGACAUUGCCAGAAACUAAACGAGAUACCUUACGUGAUGCCCAAAUAAAAUUUCGUAAAUUGUUUCCUAUUAGAUCAAGUUAAAAUUGUUAUUGACCUUUAUUAAAGGUGUCACCAUCUGUGUACUUGAUUCGUACAUCAUAAGAUGAAAUAUAUAUAUCCUUUAAAUAAAUAAAAGUGGUUCUAACUUUCAA